AUGACAACAGCAGAACAUGUCGAUGACUCAUUUCCGAGUCAGUUCGUGAGUUGGCUAUCCACUCUCGCAAUCGGUACUACGGUGUGUCUUUUUUUGACCGGUUUGGAAAUAUGCUGGCGUAUAAGGUCUCAAAGGACAACAAAUGGCAUCAGUUCGACACCAUUUCAUACAGGCUUUCUUUCUGGGCAGCUGUGGUUACAAUAUGGUCUCUUAAGGCAUAACGAAGUAUUUGUUAAUGUCCCACUUGUGUUUAUUAUGGAACAGAGUAGCAUUAUAAUAUGUGUCAAUUCAGUGGCUGCAUUACUCUAUUCAUUAUAUAUAUUUUAUUAUUUCAUUAUGGCACCGUAUGCUACAAAGAAUCGUUGCGUGAGAUUAAUUUUUGCGGAAGUGAUGUUUUUGAUGGGUGCACAUUAUUAUAUCCAUUAUUACGGCUUACCAGUGGAAAUGAUCCGUUUACACUUGGGAAUGUGUUGUGUGAUAUUCAAUGUAGUUACCGCCGCUGCUCCCUUGGAAGCUUUGCGUGAAGUUUUUCGAACGCGCUGUACAGAGACAAUGCCGUUACCUCUUUGUUGUCUAACACUUCUUGUGGCAGCGGAGUGGCUGCUGUAUGGAAUUCUCAUUGAUGACAUCUACAUACAAGUACCGAACGCUAUUGCGUCGGUGAUCGCAGUUGUCCAAUUAUUACCGUUCCUUUAUUUUCCCAGGAAUAAGCAGAUAGCCAUAAUCACUACUUCUUGA